GGUGGGGCCAGAGCUGUUCGGCACAUGAAAACAAAAGAAUGAGAGAUUUCUUAUUAUAGCUCUUGAAUUGAAUUUAGUCAUCACUUAAAAAUUCUUCCAGAUCUGCUGGAACAUGUUUUUGGGGAUCAUCUGGCUCUUGACCUCGCCACAAAUUUGCUCAACUCAACUAACAUCAACAACAUGCUCUUCUUGCAUAGAAAUUUAUUUAGACCCAGUUCCUUUAAUGCCUUUGUUAUAUACCAGCAGUACAAAAGUUUUGUUUCUUGGUAGGAUUGAGACAAUUCAGGAAAAGGCCUUCAUAAAGAACCCAAAACUUGAGAGAGUGGAGUUUAUGGGUACCUCUACUACUUCUGUAGAGGCAGGUGCCUUUCAGGGUUUAACUGAUCUCAAGACUUUGGAGAUUUCUGGCACCAAUCUCAGCUUACUUCCUGAUGAAAUUUUUAAGAAUCUCAAACAACUUGUCACACUUUACUUGACACAAAACAAAAUUGAAGAUAUUACGGAAAAUUUGUUCAAUGGUCUUACAAAACUUAGAGAUCUUAGACUGAAUUCAAAUAAUAUUUCCUCCAUUUCCAUGAAGGCUUUUGAUAAUCUGGAGCAACUUCAGACACUUGAUCUGUCUAAGAACAACCUUGCCAAAAUUCCAGAUGAUAUUUGGUCUGGGAAACUGACUAAUCUGGAGGAAAUCAAUAUACAGGAUAACAAAAUCACAUAUCUACAAACUAGUUCAAAAUCCCAUGAAAAGCUUGAACGACUAUUUUUAGGCAAUAAUCUACUGAAUGAACUGCCCAAAGAGGCAUUUGCUCACCUUCCAGUUCUUAAAAUACUGGGUUUACAGAAAAAUAAUAUUGCCUCCUUUUCCCAAGGAGUAUUUAGCAAACUUACACAGCUUGCAUUGCUGGACAUUUCCAAUAAUAAGAUUGAAAAUCUGCCUCAAGGAGUUUUUGAGGGUCUUGGAAAGUUAAGUGAACUCAAUCUGGAGGGUAAUCUAAUACACACUUUAAAAGCCGAGGCCUUGCCAUCUUUAAAGACUCUGAAACUAUCCAACAAUAAACUGAAGUCACUAACUGGUGUUCCACUUGAGGUGUUCGGAAAAAUUGAAAAUGUUUAUCUGGAUGAUAAUCCUUGGCUUUGUGAUUGUGAAAUGAGUGAUUACUUGGAAAAACCAUACAAUUUCACAAUAUUUUGUAUGUAUCCAGAGGCACUAAAGAAACAAAAUCUUAGUUCUUUGACCAAACAUUCAAUAUGCCCCAACACAACACCAUCUGAGAAAAUGGACACAUCUACAAAAUCACCUGAUGCUUCCAAAUCAUCUGAUGUCUUACAACCCCUAGAUGCUUCAAAAUCGUCUGAUGUUUCACAACCCCCACCCAACUAUCAAAAUGGACCUACAAAGGAGCCUACAAGUUAUCAGGAUGCUUCAAAAUCGUCUGAUGUUUCACAACCCCCACCCAACUAUCAAAAUGGACCUACAAAGGAGCCUACAAGUUAUCAGGAUGCUUCAACAUCGUCUGAUGUUUCACAACCCCCACCCAACUAUCAAAAUGGACCUACAAAGGAGCCUACAAGUUAUCAGGUAGAUGGAACUAUGAAACACAACUGGUCCAAUGUUAGUAGAAUAAUUUUGGCUACCAUCGCUCCACUUCUCACGCUGUUGUUUCUGUUCAUUCUUGCACGACUGUACACACGCACCAGGGGGUACAGUGUACGUCCCGUGGAUCCCAGACUCCAACCCAUAAAACUAGUAGAUGAAGACAACUGCAAGUUAUUGUAUGUCCACGAACUUCCAGAGACGAUUUCUCCUCCAGAGCAUCCAGCAGUGCUAUCAUAACAGAGAAAAAUGGAUGAAAUCCUGUACACAUAGUGGUUAUACAAAGCAUUCAUAUUCACUGAUAUAAUAUUACUUUUUAUGUUAGCCUAUUUGCUCUUCAAACAAAAUGAACUUGAAUGAUACAGAUGUAUGUUGUAACCAUAUACUGCAAAGCCUGCAAAGAGGCAGGUGAUCGGAUAUGUUUUUAAAAAUAUAUUUUUUAUUUUAUUAAAGGAGGACUAUGCAGUUCAGGGUAGCUGUCUGCUAACAUGUUUGGGGCAGCAUAUUACUGUAUUUGUCCACUUCCUUUUCCCUCACAUAAUUAUACAAAUGGCCAAGUGGGGCAAAGAUGACUGCUAAAGGCUGCACACAGAAUGAAUCAUCGAAAUUGAUUGACACCUUAAAGAGACAAAUUACUCUGCAUGGUCUGCAUACAGUAUGCUCAACACAUUGGCUGUGUCUCACACCUUACUUCCAUAAUGCCCACUCUUUUUAAUAGUUAGUAUUGUCCCAAAAGGAACACUUAUAUCAAAACACUUACUGGAAGUGGCACCCGUUUAGUGUGAGUAGUGUGUUAUCUGCACUAUCAUUGAGUCAUCAUUGAGUACUAAUGGUCUAAUCCGAUUCAAUGAUGCUAGGCUGGAGCUAAAAGUGGUAUUGCCAGAGAACGCCUGGAUGAACUUGAGAAAGGUAAAAAUCAGUGUAAUUCUCCAAAUGGUGAAAUAUCCCUUUAGCAAGCAAGGUGUAGUUAGACUUUAGACUUUCUACUUUGAUAUCAUUUAAAAUUAGGACCAUAAGAGGCAAGAGCAUACAGAAUGAUUUUUUUAAUUCAUUGCUUGAUUUAUUACAAAAUCAUUGUAGAUUUAAUGAUUGUUAACUACAUUGCCUUGGUUAACUGUAUAUAUAUUUAGUCAAAGCAAUGUAUCUAGUUCUUUCUUCAUGACAUUGUUUAUCUUGACCAUAGGAAGAUGUGGAAAAAUUAAGCUAAUAUCCAUAGUGACUUGUACAGACAUAUAUGUAUAGUACAGUCUAUAAUAAAAACCUAUUGAUAAGAACCAUACACCUCCUAGUAGCCUACUAAACUAUUUUACUUAGUUAGCUUUCAAGGAACUCAGAUGUUGGAAAUGCUUUUGUAUUAUUUUGUGUUUGAUUCACUGUUUUUAUUUUACUAAAUUCUGUUCAACCUGUUUUACAACUUGUAUGUGGACAAUAAAAACAAUUGGUCAACUCCAACCACU